CCGACAUGUUUGGGCAUAUUCAUCAAUAUUGUUGACGACGUUUGCUCGGUUGUUCGAUAUUGAAUUCCAGACUAAUCCAGACUGCAGUUGCUGCAGUUUUUAACGAUUUUGACAAUCACGAGAAUUCAUAAGUUUCGCCUACAUUUUCGAGACAUGGACAAAGAAAGUUAUGCUGACAACAACGAAGAAGCAAAGAAUCAUACACGGUGUUUUGUCUGUGACGCCGAUGUCAAGGGUCGCUUUUAUGCUUUGGCCUCUUGCAGAACGCAGAACUCGCAGGCCAGGGUAAUCGAGAAACUCGGAGAAUUAGUUGGCGAAAGAUACAUGGUUGUAAUAACUGAGGAAGAUGUGAUCUGCCGCAGUUGCGGUAUCCUCGUUAACACCUUAGAUAGAUUGGAAAUUGAAAUGCGUGAUACGCGGAAUCAUAUUUUGCGCUUUUUAGAGCAAAAGUAUUCUCUGAACGAAGGAGAGCUUCGCAAUAGUAGUGACAAACCGAAGCCAUGUCAACCACCACAGAUCACGAGAUCUGGAGUGAAAGAGAUCACCUGCAGUACUAAAUCGAACGAGAAUGACUCAAAUCCAGGAAAUAAGAAAAUACCAUCGAAAUCUUUGCUGCAAUGCAAUAAGUGUAAAUAUACUACAGGUAUCGAUUCAUUUAUGGUAUAUCACUUGAGGAAUCAUACCAAGGAAUCUCUAUCUUGCGAUAACUGUGGGAAUACAAUGCUUGAGGUUACAAAACAUAAUUGUAACAAGGCAAAUGGCUUGGGAAAUAAGGAAAAUGAAACAGAUAAUUCUGACAAUGUUAGCAAGAAUGAAUCAAUAACACUUUUGAAGCCAACUCAAAUCUUGCCUUUUACUCAAACUACGCCACCGCCAUUGACAUCUUUCCAGCAAACAAAUUGCAAUCCUCCGAAUAGCAUCCCUACGUUACCAAUAAGUGAUUCCACGUCCUCUCAGGAACCAGUAUAUAUCUUGCAAUCGAUCGACAUGACUGAUACUGACAACUUAAAGAAGAUAACAAACUUAGACUUAGAUCUUGUACAAAAAAUGCAAUCGAAAAGCAAAGAUACAAAACAGGUGUUGACUGUGAAAGAUGAUGGAAGUCUGUUAGUGGUAGAAGUGCCAGUAUCCUGGAAAGCAAAAGCGCCGAUUAUUAAUUCAUUAACGUUCGAGCAAUUAUAGAAGAUUUAAGUAUAGUUGCAACGAAUAUUAGGUAACUUUGGCUUUCUGGCUAUUCGGUAAUAUUUUUACUAUUCGGCCGAACAUCAAAUAUUGUCCAAGUAUUCGGCCUAAAUAAUUUUAACGUAAGAAUAGAAUUUUUUUUAAC